GAUAUUCAUAUAAUAGGGAGAAAAAAAUUACACUGUUUACACGUCGCAACGACCGCAACUGCUAUGGUACUCAGUUUAAAUUACAUUGCUAAACCUAAGUGCGCGUAACUUAAUAAUCGGCGGAUCGCAGAUGAAUGGUUGACGUAUAAUAUAUCAAUAUAUAUAUAUAUAUAAUAACAAAAGUGAAAUGGAAUGUGCACGAAAACGAUUACCGUCGUUGUCGAUGGUUUUGGUGAUGAUCACGAUGACGGCCCUACUCCCGAACGGUACCACAGCGGCUUUGAUAGACCUGGGUCACAGUUACCGGUUCGGGACGACAACGUGCUGGAACCCAACACAACGAUUCAACAUAUUCGACGUGCACACGGGACCGGGGCCGAACGGAGUGUUCAUCACGGAGAGCUUCUCAACACCCGAACACUGCGGCACUCAUCUGGACGCCCCAUUUCACUUUAAUCCGACCGGGUGGAAGCUGCAAGACAUCCCGCUGCACCGAACGGUGGUUGAAGGCGUACACGUGAACGUGAGUAGCGAAGUCAAUGGAAACGGCGACUUUUUACUGACCGUUAAUCAUUUGAAAGCGUGGGAACAAGCCAACGGUCCGCUGCCCAAUCGAUCGGUGAUUUUGGUAAACUUCGGUUGGGCUCACAAAUAUGGCGAUCGUCAGUCGUACUACAAUGGAUUACAGGAACCUUACAGGUUUCCCGGACUGUCCAGGGAAGCGGCCCAGUGGAUCGUGGAUUCCGGAAAAGUGUACGGCGUCGGUGUGGACGGGCCGAGCGUGGACGCCGGCCGGUCAACGUCGUACGAGGCGCACGGCGUGCUGUCCAAGGCCAAUCUGUACAACCUGGAAAACGUGGCGCUGAACGGGACGACGCUGCCGCCGAGGGGCUUCAAGUUGGUCGUCCAACCGGUCAAGAUCGUCGGUGGCACCGGCGGCCCGGUCAGGAUAUUGGCUUUUACGAAAGACGCGUUCGAAUGACGAUCGCGGCCGGCAACGGAGGCUGGCGGCAAUGCGGUUAUCGCUUUUCUACUGCUCGCGCAACAGCUACUCGUGCCCGCGAUAUCGCACACUGCGGCCCACUGACACCACGUCGAGGGUGCCACUAACACCACGUCACGCGUGUUGUCAUAAGAAAAACUACACAGUACGCGUACGCUGUGAUCAGAUUUUCUUUGAUUGUAUACAUUACUAAUAAGUGAUGCGUCACGCUUGAUCGAAAUAUAAUAUAAUAUUGCUCACCACA